AUGUAUUCUUUCAAAGCCUUCACUCUAUUGAGCACGCUGCUUCUGGCUGGGGUUGGGAGUGCGAGGUUGAGUACGACUAUCGGUCUUGAGACAGACGAAGGCAGCCACUCGGUUCAGAUCCCCUUCGAUGACUGUACUCAGGUUGGGCAGUUUGAAGUUCGAGGCGUGUUCCUCUCAAAGACGUGUCGUCUUUUCACUGGAGUAGGCUGCACCGGACGAAACACCCUCCUGCAGCCUGGUGAACAUACCUCGUCGGAGCCGGUUUAUGUCGAUAGUGUGCUGUGCUACCCGUGA